UGUCGUGCAACACCACGACGACGACAGCUAAAUCGCUUUACGGUCAGGAGCUGUUAUGUACUGACUGUGCAGCGGCUGCCCUUGUAACGAUGCGGGCAACAUAUGCCGCCUACUGAAGUCUGCAGCACCUAACAGAUGUUAAAUCAGUCAAGAACAGAAACGAAAUAUGGCGUCUCGCUUCCUCAAGUUUUCAGUGCUUCUUCAGAAGUACAGGACUCCGAUCCUGAUCGCAAGCUGUGGCGGGGUCUUUGCAGCCAACAUGUUCUACCAUGUUUUUCCUGACUUGUCCUACCGUCAGCUGUAUCAGGCCUGGAACAAAGGAGAGCCAGUCGCACUGUCUGAAAAACUAGAGGAUGUUUUCCAGCAGGUGUUGAAGGACUAUGAUGUCAGCUCAUCCAAGAAUUUCUCUGCCUUUGCCUCCUUUGGGUUCCAUCCGGUCGGUGCUGGUGUCCCGUGGCUUCCCGCGGGAGCUCAAAUCGGCAUCCCGGCUAACUUCAACAGCACGGUCGAUGACCCGAGCGGGAUCACGAACCGCACCAUUUUCAUCAACGGCAAAACAGUGGAGUGGGACAGCGAUACCGGCACCGCACUGAAGGACGCGCUAGUGUUUUCCCUUGAGGCACAGAAAUUCGCCAUAGCGCGAGAGGUUGCCCGCUUGCAGUCCGGAGGACCGGUUAUGAGCGGUGCUGUCGCCCCGGUCUGCCUGGGUGGGGUUUGGGUGUACAGCGUGUUGCUGAAACAGGUUUUUGGGCUGCACGUCGGGCCUGCGCUGUUCCGCGGGGCUGUGAACGUUGUGGCGCUGGGGCUCGGUGCCGUGUCCUACCUUCUCAUUUCAGAUUCUGUCAGCCAGUGGAUUGAUUAUAACUCAGACCAGCGUGCGGCCGGACUGUCCCGCGAUUAUGCCAAGGGAGGGUUAGAGUUUUAUGAUAAGAUUCUGUCCAGAAACAAAACACUGCGCUCACUCAUGGGGCAGAAGGGAGAAGAGAUGUACGCUCCCAGUGGCAACUUGUUUCCUGCUCACCUCCUCCAGCUGAAACACACACCGUACACAUCCAGGAGGGAGUGGAUCCACGCUAUGAUGAAAGAGGAGAAGGUUUGAAUAGAAACGGGAGGGAGGAUGUGUUUAGAGAUUAAAUGAAUGUCUGCAGGCCUCACCUGAACAACUGUAAUGAUCUACUGUUUUUUCAACAAUCUCUGAAGACUGUUAAAAAAAUAGUGGGGUGGGAGAGUUCCUGUGCUUUUUUUAAUCAAAAAAAAAAAACCUAUCCAAAGGAAUAAACAUAUUUUUUUAUAGAAAUAUGUAAUCCCAUGUGUGCUGAAUGUUCCUUUUUGUUCAGUUUGAUUCACCCUGAAGUGCAGAACUACUCCAAUUACAAGACAGUCUUUUUGCAGCCGGUGUGACCGAUCAUGUAUUUAUCCAAAGAUUUUUGGGAUUUAAUUCUGGACCCAAUGUACAAAUAAACAGUUUUAAAACUUG